GUAUUAUGAAAAGUUGGUUCCGUCUUCGCCCUUUUCGUUUUGCGUUCUUCCAAGAAACCGGCUCCCCUGUCCUCCAUUCUUUUCUUCCUCUUCUUCUUCUUCCCCAACCUAAAAACUCAAUUCCCGACGUUCGACAAACCCUAAUUUUCUUUUUUCCUUUGCGUGUGAGUGUUUUCCCUUCUUCUUAUAUCUACGUUUUGUUAUUAAAGGAACGAAAUCAUAAUCGGUUUUCAUUUGGGGUUAUUCAAUUCAAAACGCAUCGAAAUCUAAUCAUUUACAGGCACAUAUUGCGCCACUGUUAAUAUCUUGUUCUUAUUUUACUUUGAUAAUUUGUUUUCGAAUUCGAAAAGCGGGAUAAUUCGAGGGGUUAAUUGAUCUAUAUGGUAUAUGGCGAACGGUACGGCUCCGGAUGAGUUCGUGGUGUUGUCACGAGUCCGGACUGGUCUCAAGCGUGAGUUUGCCUUUGCUUUGAAAGUUCAAUCGGAGAUUUGUGGGUCAUUAGGUCGGACUCGUUCCAGGAGGUUGCCAAAUGCGAUUCUGGAGACUCCUACCCCCAAAAGGUUAAAGGGCUCAGUGACGAUGGAAACAAGUGGGGGCGAGGGGGAGGAUGAGACUGCCCAGUUAAGGAGUUCUGAGGUGGGGAAGGUCGAGGAAGUGAAGAGUAUGGAGGACAUGGCGGAUUCAAUGAGUGAAGAGGCCAAGAGUGAUAUAGUAGACCUUGUAAGCGAUGAAGAACCGAAGAGUCAGGUGGAUGAAUCUACGGGUGAUACUGGAACUAUGGAUGAGACAUCGAAUAGUAUUCGUAUAGAAGAAUCGAAGGAGGAACUGUUGGAUAGUGAGGAUCCAAUCAGCCAUGGGACAGUGAAUUUGGCAAGGGACAGGGCAUUGGUUGAUGAAAAAAUGGAGGCAUCGUGCGAGGAUGAGUCUAAGGAUAUAUCUUGGAAUGAAUCUGAAGGGGCUUUAACAUGUGGGGAUUUAGGGAAGGAGGGUAAAAAUGUUCUCUCAGAGGAAGCAGUGAGUCGGUCGGAAUCGAUCAUUGUUGUUAAUGGUCAGUUGGGAAAGAAGAUGGAUCAGCAGCCUCACAAGAGGUUUACCCGUUCGGCCUUAAAUCAGAACUCGGAGUCCACGACAACGUCUGUAGGUGAUCUUGCAAAAUCUAAUACGGGUAUGACAAUGCAAGUUAUCUCAAAUGAUGCUGAAAACAAACCAAAGGAUGCCCCUAGCCCCUCAGCUACACCUCCGAUGCAGAUCGGAAUGACAAAGCCGAAGAAUGUGUCGAUGAAGAGAUUUCCCGCCAAGUUAAAGGACCUUCUGGAAACGGGUAUUUUGGAGGGACUUCGAGUGAGAUACAUUAGAGGUUCUAAGAUUAAAGCACAAGGAGACGCUGGGCUAGGAGGAGUAAUCAGUGGCUCUGGGAUAAUUUGUUUCUGUAACAACUGCCAAGGAAAUGAAGUUGUUUCUCCUACUUUAUUUGAACUACAUGCCGGUAGCUCGAAUAAACGUCCACCAGAGUACAUUUACUUGGAGAAUGGGAAUACCCUCAGAGACAUCAUGAACGCAUGCCAAAAUUUUUAUUUCGACCAGACAGAAGAAUUCAUCAGAAGUGCAAUUGGUUGUUCCUUGGUAAAAAGAUCUGCUAUCUGCCUGAGUUGCAAAGGUCGAAUUCCUGAAUCAGACCCCGGGAAGGCGAUGUUACUUUGCUGUUCAUGUAUGGAUUUGAAGAAGCCUCAUGACAGCCCCAUUCCCAUAAUCUUCAGUAAUGAAAGAACUCCAAAACCAAAUUUACUUCCCAAGUUAUCUGAUACUGCAUCAAAGAGUGGUUCCAAUCGUGGUAAAAGUCAUGGAAGAUUAACCAGAAAGGAUCUAAGGCUGCAUAAGUUAGUGUUUGAGGAAGAUAUAUUACCCGAUGGAACUGAAGUUGCAUACUAUGCUCGUGGGCAGAAAUUGUUGGUUGGGUAUAAAAAGGGAUUUGGUAUUUUUUGUAGCUGCUGCAACUCUGAGGUUAGUCCCUCGCAGUUUGAAGCUCAUGCUGGCUGGGCAUCAAGGCGCAAGCCUUAUUUGCACAUUUACACAUCAAAUGGGGUGUCUCUGCACGAGUUGUCCAUAUCUCUAUCGAAAGGACGAAAGUUCUCCUCCAACGAUAACGAUGACUUGUGUAGCAUUUGUGCAGACGGAGGGGAUCUGUUGUGUUGUGAUGGCUGCCCCAGGGCCUUUCACAGAGAUUGUGUUCCUUUACCAUGUAUCCCUACUGGUACCUGGUACUGCAAAUAUUGCCAGAAUUUGUUCCAAAAGGAAAAAUUUGUGGAGCACAAUGCAAAUGCUGUUGCUGCUGGAAGGGUUGCUGGUGUUGAUCCUAUUGAACAGAUAACAACGAGAUGCAUUCGAAUUGUCAAAACUAUGGAAGUGGAAGUUGGUGGAUGUGCACUAUGCAGAUGCCACGACUUUAGCAAGUCCGGGUUUGGUCCUCGAACUGUUAUUCUUUGUGAUCAGUGUGAAAAGGAGUUUCAUGUUGGCUGCUUAAAGGAACACAACAUGGAAAAUCUCAAGGAACUUCCCCAAGGAAAGUGGUUCUGUUGUCCUGAGUGCAACAGGAUAAACUCUGCACUGGAGAAGUUGGUGGCUUUAGGAGGAGAGAAGCUGCCCGAGUCUAUUUUGGUCUCUGUUCAGAAAAAGAUUGAAGACAAGGGUUCGGCAAGCAUAAACAAUCUUAAAAUUCGAUGGCGGGUCCUCAACUGGAAAAUGUCGCCUUCUGAUGAAACUAGAUCACUGCUUUCGAAGGCCGUUUCUAUUUUCCAUGAUUGUUUUGAUCCCAUAGUUGACCCUGCCUCUGGGAGGGAUUUCAUUCCGUCCAUGCUUUAUGGGAGGAACAUCAGGGGUCAAGAAUUUGGUGGGAUAUACUGUGCAGUUCUAACUGUGAAUGAAUCUGUCGUGUCAGCGGGAAUAUUUCGUAUAUUUGGGAUUGAAGUAGCGGAGCUUCCAUUAGUAGCAACAGAUACCAACUUCCAAGGGCAGGGCUACUUCCAAUCCUUGUAUUCAUGCAUCGAGAGGUUCUUGGGAUUUUUGAACGUGAAGAAUCUCGUUCUGCCUGCCGCAGACGAAGCAGAAUCGUUGUGGAUCAACAAGUUUGGAUUCAGCAAGUCGCCUCCUGAAGAGGUAAUGGAGUACAAGAGACAUUACCAGAUGAUGAUCUUCCAAGGGACGUCGGUACUGCAGAAGGCGAUACCGCAAUAUCGGGUAAUUAAUAAUAGUGUUUCGCAAACGCAGGGAGGCGAAGAAGAAACAUAGUAAAACUUCUAGGGGAUGAAAUUCUUUUGGUGUGGAAAAGCUAUGAAGCAAUCCCACAUGGCCUCCUGAUGAAAUUGUUUUGUUUUUGGGUUUUGGUUUUGGUUUUGUGGGUGUACAGAAAAAUGAUCAUACAACAACAACCCUUAUGAAUAUGAUGAUAGGGUUAUGAAAAAAAAGUUCCCUUUUUGGGCGGGUGUAGUGUACAGAAGAAUGAUUGGUUAGUUGGUUUGGAAGGGAAGGGAAGCUUUCCAAAAUUUUGUAUGGGCCUUUAAUUCCAUAGUGUAGUUUGCUGCGAUGACUUAUGGAGGUGUGUGUUUUAGACAGGCAAAUUGAGCACAGCAAGCCAAUAAUGGAGUUCUAUAUCAAUCAUGAACAAAUUAGAUGUAGAAUCCAUUC